CUUUCUUCUUUUUUCAUCAUUUUUCAUCCUCACUUCCAUUGUUCAUUUUUUAUCAUGGAAGAGGAUUUUUAGCCAUCUAGAUCAUUAAUUCUCCCACUGAAUACUAUUUCUCUUCAUUAUGCCCAGUUCGCGUGCCUCUUCUUCUCUCUACAGCUCCCCCGUCCAUCACUCCCCCGUUCCACCAAAACUCGAUCUGGCCGACGCUCAUUCCCAGCUCUACCAGACGCCCUCUACCACUUCUGCUUCGUCUUCCCUCUUCAAUACUAUUUCUACGAGUUCUCGCAAACGAUCCCGCACCGGAGGCUCCGAUAAACGCCGUUCUCUGUAUGAUUUCUCCGCCGCUGCCGCUCACGAUGGUGACGAUCACCUCUAUCGCUCUUCCUGGUUGGGUCGGGAUGAAAAUGUCUCUGGAAUAGAAUAUGAUCACCCGGAUAUCCGUGGAGAGCUACCUCUAGCUCCUCCUAUCGAUGCCAGUGUCGAUCUUUUAUCCAGUCACACAGGGAACACCCGCAAGCGCAGUCGUCAGGAACAGCAGGAAGGAGUUCAGGACAAGAAGGAUGUUACUCCAUCGCCUCUUCCGGCUAGCUGGGGUCAAUCUGUGAUGAAUGCCGUGGGAAAAGUAUGGAGUUUUUGCUGGUCGGGUGCGUUUCGUGGUUUCUAUGCUGGGGGUGGUCAUGGUUAUCACAUGUCUACGGAUUCAGCGCCCCAGCUUGAUUACAGUCACAGAGCUCCUUCUCCCUCGCAGUCCACGUCGACUGAAAAGACUGCUGUUGAUGAAGCGACCGAGGGUACCUCUGCCUACUACUUCAAAGGCGAAUCGACUCCCAUCCCCGGCCAGUACCCCGAUGACAACGAGAUUCACAAAAACUGGGUCGUGGUUCAGACUGACGGUCCCGCGGACUGUUUCUCCUUUGGAGUCGAGGCACCAAACCCCGCGAAACGAGUGCACCGUAUGUGCGGCACUGAAGAUCUGUCUCCUACGCAUCACAGGUCGACUGCGGUGCCACGCGUGGGUAAAAGGACCUCUCUUGGCGGACCAACCACCCCCACACGGAUCCCAGUUCCAUCCUCCAACAGCAAAUCCUCCAACAGCAAAUCCUCCAGCAACAAAUCCUCCAGCAACAAAUCCUCCAGCAACAAAUCCUCCAGCAACAAAAAGCAUCGUGAUAGCCCCGUAUCAGCUGAGACGCAGCGCUUCGUCGCGCAGAUGCGGCGUAUGGAGCGGGAGGAAGACGCAAAUCUGCGACGUCUGAAUCGACAGCUAGAGAUGAUGAUUCAAGAAGGCAAGCAGGCAUUGGGAGCCCAAUUUGAGGUCGAUGAACUGGGAAUGGACUACAACUGAUCCCUCCCCUUGCUUUUCGACUUAUGCCUUUUUAUAUCCAUCUGCGUCUCUCUUGAUACCCCUUACCUUCUUUUGGAAGACAUCUUUUACGUAUUAUGACAGGUUUGGCUUUUGUUUAUUCAGCUGCUAGUUGGCAGUGGUGUUACGAGAAAAGUGUUAUGAACUGAGUGCUAUGACGACUGAUGAGUCUAAUGUAUCUAAACGAUCAUCAUUAAUGUGACCACGAGAAUUCGUCGGGUUUAAUCUUACUGACUUUAGCCCACUCCCAAGGUAUCCCAUCAAACUGAAAGCCCCCAAUACACUGUUCAAAAUCUGCGAGAACCACAAAGAACACCGCAUCCAAUAACCGAAAGCGCCCUGCAAAUUCCCCCAAUCAGCAAGUCAUCACAAAUCACGUUGAAUAACAAAUAAUAUUCACCCUUCAAGAGCACACAAUGCCAGCGUCGCAG